GGAAGUGUCGGUGUCUCCUCAGAGCGCUCGCGAGCAGCGGAACCUCGCGCUCACUGACCCGCCGCGCGGCUUCAUCCGGUUCCAGGGACAGUUACACACGGAGUCCACUUCCUGUAGAGCGACGGGAUUGAAAUGUUGCACUUCCGGUGCUCUCCUGUGCUGAAGGAGUUCUUUCACGUGAGUCUGAAGCGUCCGUUCGUCCACCUCGCGAGAGCGCAUGCGCAGCAGCAGCACGCAGCAGCGGCCCGCGAUGAGCGGCGGAUCCCCGCGCGGGGGCUCUCGCCCCGCCCCCCGGCAUGGGCCCGGGCCCUGUGCACCCGCACCGAGGGGGCGGUGACCGACGGGGCGGGGCAGCAGCAGAAGGACGGCCCAGUCCAGGACUCCGCCAACGACAAGAGAAGGAAGGCAGGGAUCAUGCCAAGUCUGGAGGAUCUGCUCUUCUACACCAUUGCUGAGGGUCAGGAGAAGAUUCCAGCCCACAAAUUUAUAACGGCACUGAAGGCCACAGGUCUGAGAACAGGAGACCCCCGGCUGAAGGAGUGUAUGGAGAUGCUGAAGGUGACCCUGAAGUCCACGUCAGAUGGAGUGAUGCUGGAUCGCCACCUCUUUAAGAAAUGUGUCCAGAGCAACAUCGUGCUCCUGACCCAAGCUUUCCGCAAGAAGUUUGUCAUCCCUGAUUUCAUGGCUUUCUCCUCCCACAUAGAUGAGCUUUAUGAGACUGCCAGAACCCUGUCCGGAGGUCAGGUGGCUGACUACAUUCCUCAACUGGCCAAGUUCAGCCCUGAUCUGUGGGGCGUGGCUUUGUGCACGGUGGACGGACAGAGAUAUACUGUGGGCGACACCAAGGUGCCGUUCUGUCUGCAGUCGUGCGUGAAGCCGCUGAAGUACGCCAUCGCGGUGCAUGACCACGGCACGGAGUACGUGCACAGCUUCAUCGGCAAAGAGCCCAGCGGCUUACGCUUCAACAAACUCUUUCUGGACGAGGACGAUAAACCCCAUAACCCGAUGGUGAACGCCGGUGCGAUUGUGUGUACCUCUCUGAUAAAGCAAAAGGCAAGCAACGCGGAGAAGUUUGACUAUGUGAUGAACUUCCUGAAAAAGAUGGCGGGUAACGAGUAUGUGGGUUUCAGCAACGCUACAUUCCAGUCUGAGCGUGAAUCAGGCGACAGGAAUUUCGCCAUCGGCUAUUACCUGAAGGAGAAGAAGUGUUUUCCUGAAGGUACAGAUAUGACCUCCAUCUUGGACUUCUACUUCCAGCUGUGCUCCAUUGAGGUGACCUGUGAGAGUGCCAGCGUCCUGGCUGCCACUCUGGCCAACGGCGGCUUCUGUCCAAUCACAGGCGAGCGCGUGCUGAGUCCCGAGUCUGUGAGGAACACGCUGAGCCUCAUGCACUCCUGCGGAAUGUACGACUUCUCCGGACAGUUUGCCUUCCACGUGGGUUUGCCGGCUAAGUCGGGUGUGGCAGGUGGCAUCCUCCUGGUGGUGCCCAAUGUGAUGGGUAUCAUGUGCUGGUCUCCUCCACUGGACAAACUGGGCAACAGUGUUCGGGGCAUCCAGUUCUGCACGGAUCUGGUGUCUCUGUUCAACUUCCACAACUACGACAACCUGCGGCACUUUGCGAAGAAGCUGGACCCGCGGCGUGAGGGCGGAGAGCAGCGGCAGCACACCUUUGGGCCGAUGGAUUACGAGAGUCUUCAGCAAGAGCUGGCUCUCAAAGAUUCGCUGUGGAAAAAAGUCUCGCCCACCGAGUCCACCGAAGACACGUCCACCACUGUGAUCUAUCGGCUGGAUAAUGUCGGAGAGCACAACUAAACACGUCUGGAGUACAGGGCUGUACGGGGGACGCGCACCGUGUUUAUCUCACUCUGUUUGUUUGUUACUGUCCUCUUGGCUUGGUCAAUUUCAGCUCUCUGGUGUUUAUUUUUCCUCCGUCUCCGAGGCAGAUGCUGAUGCGCCGACGAGGCUCAGUUUUCUUUCCUGUUUCUGAAAGUUAUUGUGAAACCAAAGCAGCGGCUCGUGAACGCAGGAACGCAGGAGGGUGAAGCAGGAAGUGCACAGUCAGGUUUACACGCAGGGAGACGGGUCACGAAUGACGAGUCAGAGCUGUUACGGUCCUGACCGCCUGCUGAGCUGAACCUGAUCGCGCUCUUCUGUGCAGCACAGGGCUGACCGACAUCAUGAGCUCCCACUGACAUCGUUAUUAUUGCAGUUAACGACCGCUGCGCUGCACCUAAUCCAACCCUGACCUCAGUGAUGAAAAGCAAACUCCGCGGCUCUUUUAUUUAUUUAUUCAGUUUUUGUUUUUAAAAAAAAUACAGCCACAAUUUCCUUGUCCGAAUGUCCCCACAAGGUCCAAAUUGUCAGAUUUUACUAUCCUUGUGGGGACAUUUGGUCCUCAGUAGUAUAUAAACACACACACACACACUCAUGCUCCUCUGAGUGUUUAUUGCUCAGGUGACAUCAUGGAGGUCACGUAGGUUUGUUUGCAUGACCUUCAGCUGUCGUCAUGCAGAUGGGUUUCUCUUCACUCAUGAAUCAGCUCGACUCCAAACGCUUGGAUUGAAACCCAACACGCCGUCGCUCCAAACACUCACGAGCAGCCUGAAAUGCAUUUAAAGCUUUUUAUACUCCUACUCCAUCUAAACGUUAAUAGUAGUAAAUUAUCACUCGUAGCUAAAACCCUGAGACUCAUCUUUGCUCUGUGUGUGUGUGUGUGUGUGUGUGUGUGUGUGUGUGUGUGUGUGUGUGUUAAUCCCAUGGGUUUGAAUGUGUUUCUGUUAAGAUAUGACGUUAUAAAGAAGCUCUGGCCUGGAGUUCCACUCAUGAAGAAGUGCUUUUCUGAUUCUCCAGCUCUGUGUUUGCGUUAGAGAUGCGAUCGGUCAGCGUUCAGCACCCGGCUCACGGUCCGACCGUCUCCUCUCCAGAUCUCUGCCCUUAGCUCCGCCCUGGUUUGUGCACGUGACUGAGCUGAGGCCUGAGAGCUCGUGCUGCUUCGCUGCUUUGGAGCUCGUUCUGCACUGUACAGCAGCUUUUCUGCUCCAUCGCACUUUCACGCAGUCAUGUCCGACAUGUUGGGCGGGGCUAAAGCCCCAAUCAGGAAGUACAGAAACUAUAAUGUAAUAUAUAAUGAACACCCGUUUUGUAGCUUUUAAUGUUCUUCAGCAGCCUCAGUCGUGGUUUUAAUAUAAAUCCUGAAAAAUGAAGCUUUUCCUGAUUGAGCCUUUAACUCUGAAUUAUUACCGUUGCAGGAAAAAUCACAGCUGUGCCGCUUUCCAGCGACGGUAAUGAACCCAAAGCUGAGCAGUGCGAGUGUUGGUGUGUGUUGUAUUUUUUCAGCGUGUGUGUUUAUGUUCAUGAGAAUGUACAAGUUUGUUUCUCUUCUGUUCCAUGCCGACUCCGUCUUUAACACACAUCCCUGCUUGUGUCGUUAUGUACACUCCCUGUGUGUGUGAACUGAACUGGAUUUUGUCUGUGUGUGUUGUGUGCGGCGUGCUGCUGUUACCCCGCCUCACGCUCAGCGAGGCAGUCAGACGGGAUCUGUGAUGCUUUAAUGGAAGCAGGAUUCAUGAAUUACUUGAACAGGGGCUGUGAUCCCUCUCUGUGUUACUAAUGUGAUUACUCUGGGUUCAACUGUUCCUCGGUCAUGCUGAACACCUGUCUGCACACAAAAGACGUAUUUAUACAUAUUUAUAUAUAUUUAUAUAAAUAUAAACAUGCUUUGCUUAUCGAAUGAUUAUUCCAGUAUGUCAUGGAUGCUCUCUCAAUCAGUAUUGUUUUCCCACUGCCUCUUCAUUUUUGUAUCAUUUUAUUUUAAUAAAUUUGUGUAAACCCAUUUCAUCUAUCUCAUGUUUGUUUUGUUUGUUUGUUUGUUUGUUAUUAAUCCUCUCAACUCAUCUCCACUGUCUGAACGCGAGCGGUGGUUUGGAGGGCGGGUCGUAGAGCUGCUCAGUCCGCCUGAGACGGUUCAGCGCCCCGUGUUAGUGACGGAGGGUCCAGUGUUACAGCUCAGGUUCUCGUGCAUCGCCUUGUUAUUCUCUGAAAUAAAGAAGCUGAAUAACUGAA